UGUUAGAAACUUAACGGUACUCGGUCUUGGGACUUUAACCACAAUUUAUUAUAAACAUACUAAUUGUCUUCAAGACACGUAUUAUUUUGAAGGGAUUAAAUAAAAUUUCAAUCUUCAAAAUGGCUGAUGGAACGGGUGCGCAUAAUACGCACGAUAAAGGGUAUGUAUCCACUUAUGUGCUACUAAUUCUCCAAAAUGUACUGACAGAAUUGAUGACAGUGCGAUAAAUGACUCCAACAAUACUGGCGACAUAGCAUCUGCCGACGAAAAAGUAGAAAGUGGGACACAAGCAGAAGAAUUUCAUAAUAGUAAAGGAAAAAUCGAUCUUACUCAACUAUCCGCAAAUCCAACUGGAGAGUAUGUUUAUCUUCGGUGAUCGAUUUUCACUUUCCUCUCACUAAUCUUCACAAAUUAGAAUCCGUAAUCCUCUCAUCGGUAUCCCGAAACAUCAACUUCUUCAAGAUGUCGAAAUCUUCGCAAAUAAACAUGGUAUUACUGAAAUACUUCCAGUUCUUACCAAAGGUGCUCUUGUUGCUCAAAGUCCUUCUCAUGCGGAUAAAAUUGUUGAACUUGAUGAUGAGGAUAGAAGGGUUUUAAGUGAGGAAGUUACUCAUCGUUGGAAACAUCCUAAACAACUUUAUAUGACGAUUAUUUUGAAUUCUAUUGCUGCUGCUAUUCAGGGUGUGAGUUAUUUUUUCUUCUAGACCUUCAUGAUCUGUGGUCUUUCUCCAGCUGAAAUAAUACUAACUUCUUCGUCGCAUAGUGGGAUCAAACAGGUAAAUUCAUCUUACUGAACUUUAUGACUCUGAGGAUAUUAAUGAAUUUGAAUAGGUUCAAAUGGUGCGAAUCUUACUUUUGGAGAGGCUUUGGGUAUUCCAGAUACAGGUCCAACUUGUGAAGCUCAGGGUACCUGUGAUAGGAAUGCUUGGAUUAUUGGUGCGAUCAAUGCAAUGCCUUAUAUAGCUAUCUGCCUUUUGUGAGUAUUUCUUGUUCGGAUUUCUCUUUCGUCUUACAAAUUGCUGGCGUAUGAUAUGGUUCGCUGCGACUACGCAGCAUCUCAUCUACUAUGCAAGUCUGUCGACGACACCCUCAAUUAACUCAAUUCUUCUCCUCCGAUACUAACAACAUACUCAACACAGCACCGCAUGGAUUUCUGACCCCGUAAAUCACUACAUCGGUCGUCGAGGUACAAUCUUCAUCGCAGCGAUCUUCUCACUCCUAGCUCCAAUCGGCAUGGGAUGUUCCCAAACCUACGGAGAACUAAUGGCCUGUCGAGUACUCCUCGGAGUAGGAAUGGGAUUAAAAGAAGUAACUGUCCCCGUCUUCUCUGCCGAAAAUUCUCCCACAAAUAUUCGAGGUGGUCUCGUUAUGUCCUGGCAAGUUUGGACCGCUUUUGGUAUUUUCCUCGGUACAUGUGCCAAUUUAGUAUUCGUACAUACCGGUGCAUUGGCUUGGCGUUUACAAUUUGGAUCUGCACUUGUUCCUGCUAUUCCUCUUGUCAUUGGAAUAUAUUUCUGUCCAGAAUCACCACGUUGGUUAUUGAAAAAAGGACGGGUUGCGAAAGCUUACAGAUCUUUAUUACGAUUGAGAAAUUCUCCACUUCAGGCUGCUAGAGAUUUGUAUUAUAUUCAAGCACAAUUGGAUUAUGAGGAUCGUUUAUUGGAACAAUCUGGUUUGGCAAAGAAUGGGAAUAUGUUUACGAGGUUUGUUGAAUUGUUUACAGUACCUAGAUUGAGACGGGCGACGCAGGCUUCGGGUAUUGUUAUGAUUGCUCAGCAGAUGUGUGGAAGUAUGUUCUUUGUUUUUUUUAAUCCCUUAAUCUCACCGAGGAAAUUUAUGCGAUGGUUUGCUAACUGAUUUCUGCUAAUUAGUCAACAUUAUUGCUUUCUACUCUUCUACGAUUUUCAAAAACGCAGGUGCAAGCAUUAUUGGUGCUCUUCUUGCCUCGUUCGGUUUCGGACUUAUCAAUUUCAUUUUCGCUUGGCCUGCUGUUUGGACAAUCGAUACUUUUGGUCGUCGAACCCUUCUUCUUUUCACUUUCCCUCAAAUGUUCUGGACACUUCUCGCUGCAGGUUUAUGUUACUUUAUCCCCGAAUCAUCUAAAGCCCACAUCGGUAUGGUAGCAUUCUUCAUCUACCUAUUCGACAUAGCCUAUUCCCCCGGAGAAGGACCAGUACCAUUCACCUACUCGGCGGAAGUAUUCCCGCUCUCCCAUCGAGAAAUCGGUAUGUCCUGGGCCGUUGCCACGAAUAAUUUCUGGGCUUCCGUUCUCUCCCUUACACUUCCACGUAUGCUCUCAGCUAUGAAACCACAGGGUGUAUUUGGAUUUUAUGCCGGGCUUAAUCUACUAGCAUUUGCACUUAUUUUCUUUUUCCUUCCUGAAACUAAACAGAGGACUCUUGAGGAAUUGGAUUAUGUAUUUGCUGUACCGACUAGAACACAUGCAAAGUUUCAGAUUCAAGAGCAAUUUCCUUGGUGGGCUAGGAAAUAUAUUUUGAGAAGGAAGGGUGAACCUGAACCUCAGCUUUAUAGGUUUGAGGAUGAGGAGUGGGUGGAGAAUGAAAUUGAGACUAGUGGUGUUAGUACUGGACAUGAUGUCGGUGGUGCGAGAAAGGAACCUGUUUAGGGGUGAGAAUUGAAGUGGAUUUAUCUGGUGAGUCAGAUCGUAGGAAUAGGUGAAUGGAUUUCUUGAGCUUUUUAUUUUCAUUUUUUUCGUCUCCUGAGGAGAUUAUUAUUAUUGUUUUGAAAGAGGAAAGAUAAUUAGUGGAAAGGGAAUGACGGGGUUAGAGAGUU